GUACCAGUAGAGGUAGGUUCUGAUCAAACAGAGUAUGAACCCACCGUCUGAGAAGGCAAAGUCAAAGACGUAUACCGUCCUGGAGCCACACGCUCACCAUGACGCCACGGCCAUCUGCACCGGCCUCGGAACCAAGGAGAUUGCCAAAGUAGCUUUUCAGAAACCGGUGAUGCCAGUUAUAGAGGCUGUGGCUGUGAUCAAUGAUGGUCUAACCUCAGAGUUGUCAAUGGAAAAUAAGCCAGCAAUUGCAGAGGAAGCCGUCUCUACGGAAAUUGCCAUCUGCAAUGCCCAACUGCACCAGGUGGACACCACCGAGCUUGAGCCUGUCGUUGAAGGUUCACCAGGUGAUCUGAGUCAAGCUGCCGCUGAGAGCCACGAACCCGAGAUUGAGAUGGUUGUGAGUGUCAACACCGUCCAGGGGGAGUCUGAAAUCAUUCAGCCUCCCACCGUGAGCGAGAACCUCCCCAAGGAUGUCACCAGAGGCGAUCCCAUCACACCAACACACGAAGCAGCCAUUUGCACGCAGGGCGUACAAGUCACCGAGCCAUAUGUGGAAACCAAGGAAGUGAAAAUGGAUGUGGAGCAGCUUGCUGCAACCGAACAAAAUACGGUGAAAGAAGAAGUUCAGUGUGUGAGUGCAGAGAUAGUCUCCACCCAAGAUGCAACGGUGAUAUGUGUCACAAACGAGACUGAGCAAACCAUUUCGGUGGUUGAACCAAGUGACGAGGUUGUUAUCUCCCAAACAUUAAUCCUUGUGGCACCAGUCGCUGCGGCGGCAUCAGACCUGAUGGCCUUGGAAAACACACCAGAGGCAGCCGUUGAUGAAUCCGUCCAGCUGCAGCAGACCAAGGAGGAGGUUGAAGCACAGGAGACUGUGGAGGCCACGACCGACAUCAGCGCAGUCACUGAGCAGCCCAGCAAGGAUGUGGAGGAAACCGUGGCGGAAGGGGUGCCGACCGGGGAAAUUGAGGCUCAGAGCAUCGCCAUUGCCCAGUCUGUCAUUCAGGAUGCCGUGGAUAAAGUUUCAGAAGAUGCCCCUGAGCCUGAACCCAAGCCUGCCACUCAUACACCAGUCCAGGCCGUAGCAACAAUAGAGGAAUCGAUGGAGACCAGCCAGGUUAUCUCUGACACCCCUGUUGCUGUUGUCUGCGAGAAACCAGCAUCAAAGUCCCCUCAGCUGCUCCAUGUUGCCACGGAGGUCAUGGACACUGUCGCAGUGGAGGUCACAGAGAGCCUCGGUGCCUCCGUGGAGGAGAAGAAACCAGCCGAAGGGUUGCUGAAAGCAGUGGAGGCAAAAGUAAGUGAGGAAAUUGUAGUAGAGGAAGUCGUAGAGAUAAAGGGUCAGAGUCAGGCAGGCGUGGAGAAUGGACAAGUCGAGGAGGAGCAGAGCAAAAAAGAAGCGGAGGUUCACGGAGCAGGUGUGGAAGAAGCAGUCGAGGAAGUGGAACAACAGUCGGAGGAAUCAAAGUCAGAGCAGAACGAAGACAAAGUGCUUGAGAUUCACAUGCCAGUCCAAGUGGUCCUGCAGACAGCGAAGGUGUUUGAGGAGCCGUCAGUGGAGGAAGAAGUUGCCGAAGGGUUCGAUUGCAACGGCUCUUUGGCCGAAGACACCAACGUGAAGACUGCUGUGACUCAAAGCAAACUCCCAACACUGUCAGAAGAACCCCAAGCCGCCCCGGACCAAGUCACAGAAGCAGAGGCACCAGAAACACCGUCGGGGAAGUGCGCAGAAGUGAUGGCGCAGGUGAUCGAGGUAAUCGAGGAGGCCGUGAAGGAGAUUGAGCCUGUUUCCACGGAGAUCACAGCAGCAUCAUGAGCAGCUGAAGACACAAUUACUGAUGCCUGGGAAACCCACUGCACCAGGAAAUGAGGGAUGAGGGAGACCGGGAGAGAGCGGCUCUGUGGUAACACACUGAGACGAGGUUCUGCCCACAAAGACUGAGUGACUCUACCUCCCCUUCCACCUGUACUCCACCUGUAUUCCAACCCCAUCCUGCAGCCCCGUCAACACAACGUGACGCCACACCGCCAACUCCACCCACUCCCUCUCAUUCUCACACACACACACACACACACACACACACACACACACACACUUAAGCAUCCCAUCUGGCUCGUUACCAAUUAGAUGUUUUUCCAUAGUCAGGAAGUUCCUGCAUUUGACUUGAGUCUGCCACCUGGUCGAGUGUGUGUCUGUUCUCACGUAGGCGCGAGUGUGUUUGUCCGUGUUUAGCGGGGAGAGUGAGAUUGGGUCAGAAGGUGAAGAGAUGGAGGAUUAUUAUCUUGUAUAUUGUAUUUAUAUUUGAGUUAUCUUUCAUUCUUCAGUAAGUCUUUAUUUUGUUCAUUUUUAUUUUGUUUGGACAUCGGUGCCUUGAUGUUUUUUUUUUUAAUUCCCACAUUAAGCUGUGAUACAUCGGGUAUUCUUUUGAGCAACAUGAUUACAGUAAACGUGACGGCUGCUGCAACAAAACAAGACUGUUGCCUGUAAGUCGGUGUAUCGCAGCUUCUACUGGUCAUAGCCAAUGAUUAUUUCAAAACUCUGUAGCAACUAUAACUAAACCAUGGUACAAGUGUGAUUCCACGGACAGUUAGUGAUGACACUGACUGCAGAAAACUACCAGAGGGCAGAGAGGAUAAUGAUAGGCAACAACAAAUGUUUUUGACACAUUGCAUUGCCACAAUAUGUUUUCACUCUGCACCACAACAAAAUAUUUAAAAAACGUCAUGUAGAUAAGAAACAAUCACUGCCUGAUAAACUGUGAAAAGACAUUGUUACACAUUGUGUCAUGUAAUAAUACAAUAAAAUGCUAUUAUAACACCCUCAUUUGAUCAUGCGGCGGAGGUAUUUGGUAAACAGUGACAAAUGAAGCCAUUUUGGGUUAAUGUGUUACAUACUGUAUGUAUUUUUUACAUUUAACACCUUCCUCACCUCACUAUGUUUAUAGUUCCUGACAGUAUGUUGAUGCCCUCUGUCGCCCACAAAAAGUACUGCAUUUUUUAGUGGUCAUUUUGGCUUUAACUGGGUGAUGAAGUACGAAAAUGUUCAAUCACGUCUUAUGGUACCUGCUCCUAUGUUGUGUUCUUCACUCAGCAUGAUUGCUCGGGUUCCUUAAACUGGUUGGGGCUUCGGAGAUGCACAGACACAGACUGCGUUGUACCAGAAGCAAAGAUGAGAUCUCUUUUGACCUUAAUUUAAAAGCCAAAUCAAGUUAAGAUCAAUCAGGGAGUCAUGGUCUUUCCAUUGCUCACAGAAUCAGGCAUGAGUUGCAUCCAAUUAAAUUCCCCGAGCAUUGACUCAGCUGCUUUAAGUCACACAUCAAACCCAAGUCACAAGGUCAGAGCUCAUUUUGCAAGUUCACUGGUAAAGUGGGAGAGGUUUUCAGGUGGAGGAAUAUCGGUUUCCCCACCAAAGCUAACGUGACCUUGGGGCUGCACUGGUUUUUGUAUCUUAACCAAAUUUGGCAAACUUGCACUGCGUCCCUUCAGGAUUCUUUAAGAUUAAACAAGUGUUUCUGUUACAAAUCCGCAUUUCACUCAGCCUUAUGACCAAACAAGAGAAAGAUCAGGUGUGGUGUGGACCCCACUUAGGUCACAAAUUCCCUUUACCUUGACUCAAGAGAACGUGUCACAUUAAUUCACGCUUUAUGUUAAAUAUAAGUGAUUCAAGACUUUUGCUAUUGUUGAAUAAUGUAAAGCAUUUAGAUGGGGAACGCGCCCACUUCAGCCUGCUUUUUGUAACACACUUAACUGUGAACCUCUUAACAUUUGUACAGAUUGUAUACCUACUGUAUGUACCUAAAACCUUGUUGUGAUAUUAACCAAUAACCAGACAUUUAACAUAAUAUUCAUGUAGCAUGGUCCUAAUUGUAUUUUAUAUUUUCCAAGCUGUUAAUAGUAAGGAUAGAGAAACUUGUCUAUAUUUCAUUCAAUAAAGGUAGAGAAAAUGGUA